AUGACGGAAGCGUCGCUGCAGGAUCGCUUACGCGAUCAUGCAAAGGCAUUUGACGGGCUUUUGAGCCUUAUCCCCGCUAAACAGUACUACGGAGAAGACAUCAGCGACCAAUGGAAAAAAAAGAAGCAAACGAAGAAAGAGGCGGCUGCUGCCCGCCGAGGAAAACUUGAUCCCGAUAGCGACCGGAACAAAAACGCAAAGGAAGUCAUGGACGAGCGUGCCCGGAACAAGCGCAAGCAGCGCCAAGAUGAGGAGGAGGAAGGGGAGGGGCAGGACGACGAGGAAGACAACUCCUUCGUUGCUAUGGACGGAGUUGAGGCUGAACAGCCUGGCCAAGGCCUAAAAAAGGCUACCGAAAAGCCCAACAAGAAACAAAAGGUCGAGGUCGAGCCCGAGCAGGACGAUGAAGAGUCCGGUGUUGAAGUCGAUGACGAAGUAUCAGAGGAGGCUCCAGCAACCGAGGGGACAAAGUUGUCCAAGAAGGAAAAAAAGAGGGCCGAGAAGCGCGAGCGCAAAGCCGAAAAGAAAGCCACCAAACCCCAAAGAGAUGCCGACGAACAACACACACCAAGCGCGAAGCCCUCCAAGGAUCAAGAAGACAGCGUGACUCCCAAGUCAAAGAAGCAAAAGGCCAAGAAGGAAGCCAAAGCUGCCGCCAAAGCCGCCGAAGAAGUCGAUGUAGAGGAAGACGCGGCCAUGACAGAUGCUAAAGAAUCCUCCGGCUUUGCCGCACACCUCGACGUCGCCGGCCUCGACGCCAAGGACGACUCCGAGGCCAUCUCCGAACCUCACUCUCCCACUUUUGACGCCGCCGAGCCGGCCAGCACCACCACCUCGGUGUCCUCAACCAUCCCGCCCUCCGAGAAGCCCAAGCACAUCGUCAUGCCUAAGGAUACGUCGGCGCUCAGGGAGCGCCUGGCGGCCAAGAUCGAAGCCCUGCGCGCGGCACGCAAGGCCGACGGCCCCGACGGCAAACCGAUCCGCACACGCCAGGAGCUCAUCGAGGCGCGGCGCUCCAAGCAGGUGCAGCGCAAAGAGCACAAAAAGGAGCUGCGACGCAUUUCCAAGCUCGAAGAGGAGCGCAAGCGCGAGGAGACGCUCGCCUCCAACUCGCCGGGCCUUAUGAGCCCGGCAGCGGUCGACGAGGGCAACUUCUCCUUUGGCCGGGUGGCAUUUGCUGACGGCUCGCAAAUGUCGCACGACCUGAGCUACGUGCUGGCGCAAAGCAAGCGCAAGGGCCCGUCGGACGCCAAAACGGCGCUGCUGCGGGUGCAGAACCAGAAGAAGCGGCUCGAGGGGAUGGACGCGCCGACACGCAACGACAUUGCGGACAAGGAGGCGUGGCUGGCGGCGCGGCGGCGCGUCGAGGGCGACAAAAUUCGCGACGACGAGGCGACGCUCAAGAAGACGAUUAAGCGCAAGGAGGCCGGCAAGAAGAAGAGCGAAAAGGCGUGGGGGGACCGCCUCAAGGGCGUGUCGCAGGCACAAAAGGAGCGCGUCCGCAAGCGCGAGGAUAACCUGCGCAAGCGCCGUGACGACAAGCUCACAGGCAAGGGCGGCAAGAAGAAGAAGGGCGCUGCGGCCGGUGGUGGUGCGAAGAAGAAGGGUGGGAGGCCCGGGUUUGAAGGCAGCUUUGGGGUGGGUGGACGCAAAAAGUAA